CCCCACCUCCCCAGAGCAGCCUCAGGUGUGCAGUGAAAUCAGAGAGGCGGGACUCUUGAGACCAGGAUGCAGCUGGGAUCUUCUCUCCUGCAGCAGUAAGGGCCAACUCUUCACAGGACGCACCUGUUGCCACUCUGCAUGGGAAUGCCCAGUUAGAGGCCAUGAUCACGGACCACGGUUCAAGCCCUACCAUCUUGUGCUGCAUCUCCAGAGACGCCCCCCUGCUCCUGGCUGGCUCUGCUGCCCGGCUGGCUGGUUGGCCUCUGCCCAGGGUUGAUGGUCACCAUGGGGGAGUACUACGAAGUGCUGCGCAUUCCCUGUGAUGCCUCUGACAAGGACAUCAAAAAGGCGUACAGGAAGGUGGCGCUGAAAUGGCACCCGGAUAAGAACCCGGGGAACAAGGAACACACCGAGCGGAAGUUCAAAGAGAUCACAGAGGCCUACGAAGUGCUGUCAGACAAGAGCAAGCGCAACCUCUACGACCACUACGGCAAGGACCGGCUCACGGGAGCAGAUGACAGGGCCUGGGGGAUCGAGGGCUGAAGAUGGAGCCCCUAUAUUUAUGUUCCACUUUCGCAGCCCCCAUGACAUCUUCAGAGCGUUCUUUGCGGGACAAGAGCCUUUCUAUGGAUCCUCUGGACUCUUCAACUCCAGCAUCAACGCAGGAAAAGACUUCCACUUCUUCUCUACCUCGACCAAGUUCAUCAAUGGCAAACGCAUCACAACCAAAAGGACUGUGAAGAACGGGCAGGAGCAGAUGGAAAUUGAAGAGGAUGGGGAGCUGAAAUCUGUCCACAUUAAUGGUGAGAAGCAGAGUCUUCCUGGGCCAUGGAUGGCACAAGAGACUGAGAGCAGGGAAGGAGCAAAGCUAGUUUCUUGGGACAGGCACUGGCUCUCUCUGAGCCUACCGGGACCCAGC